CUGAAAUCUUCAAAAGGCUCCCACAAGAUUGAAAUAUUUGUAUCUCGAUUCUGCCAUGGGGUUCAAUCUCCCAUCUCAACACCGCGCCCUCGUGCUCGAAAGCAUCGAGACCGGCUUCCAGCUUAAAUCGAUUCCAACACCACAGCUCAGCGACGGCAGCGCCAUCGUUCGUGUCGAAGUCUCUGGAGCAUUAUCGUACUUUCGAGAGAUCUACAAUGGAAAGCUUGGAUACUCGUUCCCGACGCCGAUUGUGGGCGGUAUCAGCGCAAUUGGGCGCGUCGUCGCACUCGGAUCAGAUGCUACGGUCCUGCAGCCUGGGCAACUCGUGUUUGUCGAUUGUGUGAUUCGUGCUCGCGAUGAUCCCAGCGCUCUUUUCCUAACGGCAAUUCACGACGGAGGUAGUGAUGCCAGCAAGAAGCUGAUGAGAGACGUUUGGCGCGAUGGAACCUUUGCUGAAUUUGUCAAGGUGCCGCUGGAAAAUUGCAUCCCGCUCGACGAAGCGAGGCUGUGUCGAGACUUGGGAUACACUGUCCAGGAUUUGAUGUACAUUAGUUACCUCCUCGUACCGUACGGUGGACUACGGGAUAUCAAGCUCGAGCCGGGCGAGACAAUCGUGGUGUCUCCGGCGACUGGCGGUUAUGGUUGUGCGGCUGUGAUGGUUGCAAUUGCAAUGGGCGCGAGGGUGAUUGCUUUGGGUCGGAAUGAGACGAAGCUGGCGAAAUUGAAAGAGCAUGUGAGGAAGGGAGCACCAGGGGCAAAUAUAGAGACGGUGAAAAUGACCGGAGAUGAGGCCGCGGACACUGCUGCAGUGUCGGCUUUUGGCCAGAUCGAUGCCGCGUUGGAACUUUCCCCGCACGGCGCUGCCAAAUCGAAUCACUUGAAGAGCGUAGUGAACGCAUUGCGACAGAAUGGAAGAUGCAGCUUGAUGGGCAUGGCCGAGCUUAACAUACCAGCCUGGAAGAUCGUUGGCAGCAACAUUUCAUUCCGUGGUAAGCUGAUGUACGAAAGAGAUGACAUGCUACAGUUCGUCAAGAUGCUAGAAAGAGGCAUGUUUCCAACGGGAAAAGACUUUGUGACUACAAAAGCCUUUGGCAUUGAGAACUGGAAAGAAGGCUUCGAAGUAGCAGCAGAGUACAUCGGUGUGGGUCAGACGGUAGUUUUCACACCAUGAUAUCAAGAAUUCCUAGAGGGAGGAGAACAAUGAAUCUUGGAGUAUGUACCACGAUCUCUAGCAAGACACUCGUGCUUGUAUUCUUUCCUUGCCUUCAAAAUCGACGCCACAGUAGAGUUGAUGGUGCGCUGGAGGUUCACAGUACUAGCCAUUUGACAACUCGUCUCAGGCUUAUCAGUGCAGCAAUGUUGUACAAAUGAACAGACAGACACAACCCACUAUGUAUACACCGGAUAGACCACCGCUCUUAGACGCGACGUUCGGUAUCAAAUUCGGAGACGGACAGCAUCUGCAGUGCAAAGACAAAAGCAAGUAUAU